ACACGGUAAUACGCCGUGCAACUCCACACGCACAGGUGUAUUACAUAAGAAUCGAAAAGAGAGAUGCGCGCGUGUGUGUCCGUACGUUCUAUAAAACCGAGCAUCGUUCCAGUGCCACUAAACAUUACCGAGACUGUUGCGGCACCGACGUCGGGUACAUUGAUUUUUCUAGCCGUUCCUGGUUUACUUUACGAGUUUACCGUCGCGACGUUAUAGCCGCUCUUAUCGCCGUCGUUGCACUUGUUUUCAUCUUUCGCUAGGUUUCCAUGUUUCGUAUGUGAACGAAUAAAAUCGUGAAAACGUCGAUCGUCGAAUUCGUUCACCGUUGCUUGUAGACCUACAGCGGAAACGCGGAUCGAGGACACGCCAAACUUAUACAACAAUAUAAGUAGUGCAUGCGACGAUAGAACAGGCCGCAGCGGGAUGGGAUGGGGUUGGUUGGAUUGGAAGACGUUGCGCAGCGAGGGUGAAGUAGUUGUAGCUGUGGCUUUGCUGCUGCCGCUACCGGAAAUCUAGCGGGGCGUGGGUGAUGGAUGCAGAAGUAGAAAGAAAGAGAGGGAAACUGGGCAGUAGCGUGGAAAAGGAGAGCGCAGGAAGCAUCGACCAGUCUAUGUGUAUCGUCCAAAGUUGGGUAAAAAUGUGGGGAAGAGCUGGCAUGGCAGCCGUGAUGGUUCUCUUCUCGGCCUGCAUCCUGGACUUGGUUCGUUGCGAAGGAAGCAUCCCGGAUGUUGGUUCAAGCGACACCGAGGCGGAAAAUAUUCUGGAGCGCGGCACUGCGUGGCUGUGGAGCCAGCGCGACAAGGAUGCAGGUUGGGGAAACGACACUCACCGAGUUCUGUUGGUGGUUCGAUUGGGCAACCUUUCGCGGGAGGAUAACGUAGCGCCUCCGGUGCCGCUCGAGUUACAGCUGAGCAGCAAACAAAUGGAGCUGGAGAUAGUGCUGCUGCUUUGGAGGCACAGGGAAAUUAGCUUUUCACCGGUACAACUGGCACGUUACACGCUCGCGUUGAACGCGAUGUGUACGGACCCGAGGCAGUUCCAUGGUCACGAUCUGAUUGGGACGCUUCAACACCAUGAACCGCCGACCGACUACGAGUUCGCCCUCACAACUUUGGCGGCGUGUAACGCGCAAGCUCACGUGCGAAAGAGGCAGAUACGCCGGUUGCUGGACAUCGCCACCGCCGCCCAGGAUCAUAACGUCGAUACCGUGGCAAUGGUUAUCUUGGCGUUGAAGUGCAUCGUCCAGGAUCACAGACACCGGAAUCUACAUCACUUUAUGCGCAAACCGUCGGUCGGCUUGGCGCAGCAGCAAAGGUUGGACGGCAGUUUUGGAGAUCUGCGGACCACGGCUUUGGUGAUGCAGGUUCUAGAGGAAGCGGAGAACGAGUCAGCGGACAAUUGGAACAGAUCCGCUGUUCUGGCAUGGUUAACCAGUCAGCAGAGACCCGACGGUUCUUUCGGGGGUGACGUUCGUGCGACCGCGGAAGCGCUUCUUGGCGUGACCCCGCGGGGUCUGGCGAGCAUCAGGUCUCUCGAUUGCGGCCAAGGGCUCGCCGACACUUCGCCACCGCGACUCACCACCAUCGGCAACAGCAACGGCAAUGUUAACCUUAAUGGUAACGGCAACGGUGAGUCCAUUCGAUUUUCCCUUGUAGGGGACGGUAGUGUCGGAAAUAAUGGUAACGGCGGCAACAGCACUAGCAACGGGAACAACGGUAAGAAUGGUAACGCCGGUAGCAAGGAAAACAAUAAUAACAGCAACGAAGGAAGUGCGGGGAACGCUUUGAACACGACCAACACGGACACAGGCGUGAUUGUCGGUACUACAGCGCCUGUUAUGGUCAACGUCUCUUACACUCUGUGGGUCGGCAGCGAUGUGAAGGAGAUGUACAAUUUGACGGUGACAGCGCCGAGAAACGAAACGUUUUACGAAGUAAUGCUUCUCGCCGCGGAUAUGUCGCCGCAUUUUCAGUUUGUCGCAACCGAAUGGCCGAAUGGACAUUACGUCCACACGAUAGCUAGCUACAUGGAGCAGCCAGUGUCCUACCACUACUGGCUGCUGUACCGGCUCCCAUCUCCUCCGGAUCCUGCUACGCCGCCGGGCAAUCAACUGGUUGCCCCUGGAGGCGUCGACGAUCUGCAAAUCAGCGAGGGUGAACACUAUCUCUUCUGGUAUAAGAGGCUAUAAGAAGCAACGAAGCAUCGACGCGCGACGUAAGAAACAGUUUCGAAAUAUAGAAGAAAACAGAAACAAGCGAAUCGCGCGAGCGAAACCGAACAAACGAAGAGAACAAAGAAUAGAAAUUCCUAGUCGCUCGAAAACGAAAGCUCGCUCUACUCACUGCCAUCGCCAAGCGUGCACGGGAACGCGUGCACCACGUUUUCCAGGAAUAGUUCCGUACGGAGCCCUCGUACGCCAACUUGUUCGGAAGAUGCCGAAGACGUAGAGCUGGCAGUGACAGUUCUGAAACUCUGCUCCGAUAGGGUCACCGAUUCGCCGGGAUCGGUUAAACGCUAAACAUUUCGACUUACAUGGUGUGCCCGAAACGUUCGGUGAUUGGUGUUAGACGACAAACGAAACAGAAGACGUAAACGAACAACCUUUACUGUCCACCAAAAUAAUCUCUACCCAACAGGACACCCUAUGGCAACGCGUGUAAAAACUCCCGCAAACUGUCAGCAGAGGGCUUUCUAGGAAUCAAUCGCAGAAUCGCUGUCGCAAUGUCCCCGAAACGUGUCCUUUAAUCAGUUCACUGUGGAAUUCAGUUUCAAACAAUCCUUCGUGGGUUGUGUAAUAAAUCAACCAGUGACGAGUAUACGCGUCGAACGCAGGGCAGAUGCUCCUACAUACAUUGGAAUGAAAAGCUGAAGAGAAAUGAACAAAAAUUACAUGUUCAUUCGAGGAAAUAAGUAUUUGAUUGUUGAAGAAGUUACUGUUAUUUUGGGUUUCAAGAUGGCGUGCGUACUCGUCAAACACAGUCGACUGGUUAAUGGCAUUUUUCAGGAGAGGAAAUAGGAAUGUCCUGCAGGAGCUAGGUCAGAGAAAUAUGAUGGAUAAUUUUCAUGAAAGAUGCACUGCUUGUAGACCCGUAGGCCAUUUGGGAAAGUGUUCUUUCUGUUUGCACGUCUGAGAAGAGUCGUGAAAAGGCACGUUUUGGGUAUGUGUUAGCUGUUCAAGAAGGCGUGAUAGAAUUCCGUGAUCGAUUUCUAAAAAGGUUUUUGAUGACAGUCUCUAGGAGCUUUAUACAGGUUGCCAAAAGUGUGCUGAGUUGGAUGAGGAUUACUCUAAAAGGACAGUAAAGGUAAUUUGUUUAUAUGCUCUGUUUUGGUUGUUUUCUGACAGCAUUCGUCGGAUUUUUAGGACGCACCCUGUAUAAUGAAAGAGGAACUGACGCGCAUGUUGAUGGGACGACGGAAUAAACGCCAUGCGUAUCGUAUCCUAUCGUAUCGUAUCGUACCGUAUCGUACCGUAUCGUAACGUAUCGUAACUUAAGCUAAAUGCAUAACAUUUUCUAUGAAACUGCAAUGCACAACCACGUUGUACCUAUUUAAUGAUAUGGCGAUAUCGUAUCGACGAACAACGUAUCAAUUGAUAUUUAAUAAAUCCCGCAUCUAUACGUAUUAGCAACUUAACCCGCUCCUUAAUCUCUUGCUGCGUGUAUUGCUUUACAACGAUCGAUUACUUGCGCUAACGAGCAAUAACGAAUUCCUCCAAGGACAUAUAUGUUUCGAUUCAACGUUUUACCAUGAGUUGCCUAACGUCGCAAUGUGUACGGUCCUUUUUUUUGUCACUUUAAACUAAUAAAGUAUGAAAUUAUCAAAUUGCGUUUGGUGUAAUUUCCCUUUGGGCGUCGACGUUUGUUCUUGGACAAGGGGAAGUUGGGUUUUAGGGAUCAUUGAUCGAUGGAUCCAAGUUAUUCUAAGUCCUUAAAUGUUCAUGUCGUGUAUACUCGUCGUGAAGAGAUGACAAUUUUUUCGUUUUAUGUCGAGUAUACACGUCGCGAAGGGAUAGCAGCUUUUUCUUUUAUGACGAGUAUACUCGUCAUAAAAAAAUUACAAUUAUUCGUUUUACCCGGCGACGAUUAUACCCGUCUUGAGGGAAUGGCAAUUUAUUUUAUGUCGGCUAUACUCUUUAUUGAGAAGAAAAAUUUGCUUCCGUUAUUUAAAGUAAAAUUUAAGCAAAACAAGAAAGAUAUUCGUCAUUUUGAAAUAACCACAACUAAACAUUAGUAAAUAAAAUGCAACGGUUAAGUUAAUAAAUAACAUAUUAAUGAAUCAACUAUUUCAAUCGGUAAUUUUUCCGAUCAGAAUAUUAUUCUACUUUACAAAAAUAAAUUAAAUUUUUGAUAUUUCUCUUCCAGAUAUUUCAUUAUUUAAUAUUAAAAUAUUUAUAAUUCGAAAUAUUGAUUGUUUAUUCGUUUAUGAAUUAAUCGUACUGUAAAUUCUAUAAAUAAUGUUAAUGAAUCUUUAACCGGGAAAGACACAAAUUUUCUGAAAAAUCCAAUAAAAAGAUUUGCUAUUUUGUUAUACAUACUACACUUUUAUUUUAUAGCCAGUAAACUCAUUCUAUUCUUGACGAGUAUACUCGUCAUCGCUUAAAAAUAAGUAGGCACAUAGGUAUACGUUUUUAAAAAUAGGUGAAACACUUAAAGGGUUAACAACAAAAGUGGGAAGCGCAUUAUACGUAGACUACAACGAAUUUUCUCUUUGCUUCGUGUUAGUCGAUGCCUUUAUUCCAUGAAAUAUAUCGGUUCUCGCACAAUCGUGCGAAAUCUAUAUGCACAGUGACACAUAUAUUUGUUCAUAUAAUCUUUACAUAACAAUUAUACCUACUAAGUGAUUAUAUAUAUAUAUUUCUUUGUCUUCGUUACUCUCUCAUUUUCUAUCCUUCUGUGAUAUAUUUUUGUUAACUCUUAACUACUGAGGUAAAUAAGAGUUACAAUGCAAUAUGCACUUUAAUCAUGCAAUAACAGCAUUGUUUUGGUAAAAUGAAAAAAAGUAUUAUUUGUGAUUUUCCCUAGCCCUCUAUAAAUCUGUGUGACUCUGAAGUUACAUUUCAAUAUAUUGGCAUCUUGUUAAUUUAUUUCAUUGUGCAUAGUAAAGUACCGAAUAAAAUUAGGUAAUUAAUUAACUUAAACUUUUACAUGCUCAGAAGUGGAAGUUCAAAAUCAUUGUAAUUAAAAAAUUACAAGCUAUAUUCGUUGUAAAACGAUUAUUAAAACUAUUAAAUUCAUUGUUAAUUUGUAUUUAUAGGUUGAUAUUUGUUAAUUUUAUACUGCAUUCGGAAAAAUAUUCGGCCUAUAGUGGAAAUGUAUCUUCCUUAUCAAUUAAAACAGAAAAAUAAGUUAACAAUACUUAUUCUAAUCAGAUUUAUUCGUGAAUUUCUCUGAGACACAUUCCAUUGAUAAAUAUCCUUCUUUGGUCCCUGGGACCAACAUCGGUAGUUAAGGGUUGAUUUUAAUUUAAAGUUCGAAUUCAACCACAUUAUUAAAUAAUGCACCCUUUUGCGAACCGUGAGUCACUGCAUGUGCAUAUGUACUUAUGUAUCGUAUUCUAAGCACACGGUCAAUAAUAAUAAUUGGACGAUUAAACAGCGAGAAUCAACAUACUAAUUAACCCUCGUAUGGCGAAUACAGGGUUAAUCAUCGGAAGUAGCAAUAAUACGUGCAAAAUAAAAUAUGCGUUAAAUUCAAGGGGGUGAUCUCAUUUUUAUUAAUGAAAAGUAUGGAUCCUUUGACAUUUUUUGUAACGAAAACUAUAAAUGUUAUUUAGUUAAAACUUUGCAUGUGAUUUGAUUAUACUUUUAUCAAGUCUCACGAAUUCUUUCAUUUCAAGUUAUUCGAAAAUGUAGUUUCUACGGCGCAUAGAUCGAAAUUUUAUUCAUUUAUCAGUUGACAUGAUUACAAGAAAAGUUAUUAAUUUGAGAUCUGUUUGCUAAAAAAGAGUUCCUUUAUUGUCACAGACAAGAUAAUAAUGUGUAUACUUAUUUUUUAAGUAACAAGAACUCGGAAAUUUUUGUUAGUAAAAUCGUACAUUUCAUUUUGAACAGAUACCACUUUUCAAGAAAUAUCUUUUUUAUGUUGAGUGUAGGACAAAUGAUAGCUAUGUGUAUACGAUACAGGGCUUUGAGAAAAUCUUUCAUUUUAGUUGCUAUCAAAGUCAGAAGAAAUUCACGAAACUUAAUGAAAGUAUAGUAAAAACACAUGCUAAAUUACAGCUAACAGACAUUCAUAAUUUUUUCAAUGAAAAACUAUCGAAGAGUCCACAUUUUUCAUCGAGAAAAAUGAGAUUUCUCCUUAACGUGUAAUUCCUGCUUGAAAUCUACGUACAAAGGGAACGUAUCAUGGGUCGAAAUGAUGCUUCGUUAUCCAAUAGUUAGUAACAUUUCAAUAACUUUUGCUGCCUACUUAGGAUCGUUGUGGUCAAUCGUACAGUAAAUACGCACUAGCAGAUAUCGAAAUUUAGAAUUAUUUUUUGAUACUACGCUAGAAAUGUUUUUAAGGCAUAACUUUUUUUGUGAACCCUAUGUAUUGAAUAUAGGAUAUUCCGAAUAAAAU